AUGGACUCUGCUAAUGGAUGCGGCAUUUUAAAGAAAGAGAGAAGAAGUGAAGAACACCAUUAUAAGGUGCACAGACGGGUUCUCCGGUGGAUGAAGAGUGCUGAGAAGAUCAAGCGUGAGUUGGAUGAGGGCUAUGAGAAGAAGUGGAGAAAUAGAUCGAUUGAAGAGAUUAAGGAGCAGAAGAAGGUGCAUGACAUAGUGGAAGUGAUGAAGCUCCUCAGGGACAAGGAGGAGUGUGACAGGUUUUUUGUCCGGACUGGCAAGUACAUGAAGGGCGGGAGUGAGAGAUGGAAGAUGGUAGCAAAUGGGAUACUUGAGGAGGGAGGGGAGAAGAAGGUGAGAAAGGUCGAGGUUGGGCUUUUCAAGGGCGAGAGAGGAGGGAGUGUGGUCUACCACCUGAUGUUCAGGCCCACGGAGACUGAGAGGACAGGAAGGGUCGGAGGCUCGUCGUUUGGGAAGUAUGAUGAUGUGGAUGAGAUAAAGAAGGAGGAGUCCUCGGAUAUGUCUGGGUUUCGGUAUCCUCCUGGUGUCCGGUGUGAAAUGACGAGUAAUGGGAAUGAGUUCAGGAUAGAGUACCGGAAUCCCAAGAACACCAGCGAGGUUCUCCGGACUCUCACUAUUCUUCGGAUUCCUGAGAUCUGA